AUGGCUCAACGCGAACGUCCUCUCAAGGACUAUGCCGUUCCCUCCGAAGUGGAACCUCAUUCGAGUAUCGCGCCCCCUAACAUCGAAGCAAGGAACUUCGAAUUGAAACCCGCGCUGUUGCAAAUCGUGCAACGAAACCAAUUCUCUGGUUCGCCCAUGGAGGAUCCGAACCUCCACCUCUCAGUGUUUGUGCAGUACGCAGACACGAUAAAAGCCAAUGGUGUCGAACCCGAAGCAAUACGACUCCGUCUUUUCCCGUUCUCUUUAAGAGACAGAGCUAGAGCUUGGCUUCAAGCUCUACCUUCGAACUCCAUCACUACAUGGAACGAACUGAAGAAACAGUUCUUGGCCAGAUAUUUCCCGCCAAGUAAGACAGCUAUGUUAAGAGCCCAAAUCAACGAAUUUAGGCAAAAAGAAGGAGAAUCACUUUUCGAAGCAUGGGAAAGAUACAAGGAUAUGAUGAGACUCUGUCCACACCAUGGUUUAGAAAAAUGGCUUAUUAUCCAUACCUUCUAUAAUGGGCUGCUAUAUAACACUAGACUCACCAUAGAUGCGGCCGCCGGUGGAGCAUUGAUGGAUAAACCUUACCAAGAAGCCACCCAGCUUAUAGAAAACAUGGCACAAAACCAUUAUCAAUGGGGAAGCGAACGCGCUGCCAUAGAGAAAUCCCAGACGAAAGGCGGUAUGUACGAAGUAAGCGGCAUAGACCAUGUCAAUGCCAAAAUAGAAGCCCUUUCUCAAAAGAUAGAGAGUUUAACUCUAUCUCCCGCGGCUACCAUAGCCGCAGUACAACCGAACUGCGAACUAUGUGGAAUUCCCGGACACAUAACCUCUGAAUGUCAAUUACUAGCCGGACUCGACCAAGUAAAUUAUGUGCAAGGAAACCCGUACCCCAACACGUACAACCCCGGGUGGAAAAAUCAUCCAAGCCUCUCCUAUAAGAAUAAUAAUGCUUUAUUUGCGCCUAGUACUCCACCAGGCUUCCAAAACCAAAUAGGAGCCCCUGUUGCUCCCGUUACCCCUGAAAAGUCAAACUUUGAACUUAUGAUGGAGAAUUUUGUCCUAGCUCAGACUCAACAAAAUAAGGAAUUCAUGAACCAAAAUAUUCACACUAAUGAGUUGAUUAAGCAAUUAGCUAACAAAAUCGAUUCCAUUUCCACUCAUAAUAAGAUGCUAGAAACUCAGAUUUCUCAAGUGGCUCAACAACAGGCAGCUACAGCUGCCCCAGCCAGAACACUACUCGGCCAACUGCAACCAAAUCCCAAGGGCCACGUUAACGCUAUAACGCUGCGAAGCGGAAGAGAGUUAGAAGAUCCCGUUGCUAAAAGAGUUAGAGCGAGAGACUUAGGAAAAAAUGUAGAGAAAGACUCAGAGAGUGUAACUGACAAGGACACUGAGAGAGAACCGAUAGCAAUGAAGGAUAGACAAACACCGAAGGCCAAAGAGGUGAUUGAGAGUGAUCAAGAAAAACCAUAUGUACCCCCUCCUCCUUACAAGCCUCCUAUCCCAUAUCCUCAAAGACUUGCCAAAUCUAAGGAUCCGGGGCAGUUUGAGAAGUUUAUCGAGAUGCUCAAAAAGCUUCAUAUUGACAUCCCCUUCAUUGAGGCUAUAACCCAAAUACCUUCCUAUGCCAAAUUCUUAAAAGAAAUUCUUUCAAACAAACGAAAGAUUGAAGACAUUGGGCAAGUGGAAUGCAAUGCAAUUAGUGAAAACAAGCUAGCCCCAAAACUCGAGGACCCAGGAAACUUUUCUAUUCCUUGCGUUGUUGGUAGAUAUGUCAUAGAUAAAGCCCUUUGCGAUCUAGGAGCAAGUGUAAGUUUGAUGCCUCUAUCUAUCUGCAAGAGGCUCGGACUUGGAGAGUUAAAACCUACUAAGAUGUCCUUACAGUUGGCUGACAGAUCUAUCAAAUACCCAUUAGGAAUACUGGAAAAUGUUCCAGUAAGGAUCGGCCAACUGUUUAUCCCUACUGAUUUUGUGAUCAUGGACAUCAGGGAAGACGUUGAUAUUCCAAUUCUGUUAGGUAGACCUUUCUUAGCUACUGCGGGCGCUAUAAUAAAUGUAAAGAAAGGGAAGCUUACCUUUGAGGUUGGGGAUGAGAAAAUCGAGUUCAUACUAUCUCAAUUCAUGAAAGGCCCCACCUUUAAGAAUUCUUGUUGUAGACUCAACAUAGUUGAAGGACAUAUCGAUAAAAGCACCUCUGAACAAGUCCCUCCUGACAUACUAAAAUCCCACCCAGUAAAUGAUAUCUUCCAGAAUACGAAACACAAAGAGGGUGAGGAUUAUGAGAAUAUGCUAGGUGGAUUUCCUGAUACUCAUGACCAUAUUUUUAAAGAAUGCCAAAUGCUGGCACACGGGAAGAUUCACGCCGUAAAGAAGAAACUCCCACCUCCUCUCACCAAAAAGAAAGCAAAAGGGAAAGCACCUAUGAGAUGGUUAGAUGUGUUCAAAUGGAUCUCUAAGAAUGUUGAGUACAGUGUUAAGGAUAUCAGUCUGAAAGAGGCGCCCUCUUGAUUUAAGGGUCGUGCAAAGUCGAGCUAACCGACUUUAAACAAAGCGCUGCGUGGGAGGCAACCCACGAGUUUUUAAUUUAAUGUUUUCAUUUGAAUUUGCAGAAAAUAACGAGAUCGAUCGCUUGAGGCGUAAUUCUCCAGGUUUUGCACUCCAAUUCUACUCUAUAGUCGCAACAUUGGGGACAAUGUUGGAUUUAAGUUUAGGGGAGGACUUUACUGUUUUUAUUUUCUACUUUUCAGUCUAAUUUUAUUUUAGUCUAAUUUUCCUUUUUGCAAAUAAAUUUUUUCGGGUUAUUUUAAAUUUUUUCCAAA